CUCUACAUAUAUUCCGGCCGCCGGAGACACACCGACAAUCAGUCACAGCGAGUCAGUUGCGAAGUGUAGAAUACGGAGAUUCUCUCAUUUCGGAGUGAAAAGAGUCCCAUACUGAACGUAACGCUUAGUGAAAUACAAUAAAACGGGUAAACGAUGAAAUUGACGUUAUUCCUGGGGGCACUUUGCCUCAUCGUCGGCGUCAUCGCCAAGGACGAGAAAAAAGAUAAAGACGAUGUCGGCACCGUAAUCGGUAUCGAUUUGGGUACAACUUAUUCAUGCGUUGGUGUAUAUAAAAAUGGACGCGUGGAAAUCAUCGCUAAUGACCAAGGUAACCGCAUCACUCCCUCGUACGUGGCCUUCACUGCCGAAAAUGAGCGUCUUAUUGGCGACGCCGCGAAGAAUCAGCUCACCACCAAUCCGGAGAACACCGUGUUCGACGCCAAGCGUCUGAUUGGUCGCGAAUGGUCCGAUACCAAUGUCCAGCACGAUCUGAAGUUCUUCCCCUUCAAGGUGAUGGAGAAGAACUCCAAGCCUCAUAUUUCCGUUGCCACCAGUCAGGGCGAUAAGGUCUUUGCCCCCGAAGAAAUCUCCGCCAUGGUGCUCACCAAGAUGAAGGAAACCGCUGAAGCGUAUCUUGGUAAAAAGGUAACGCAUGCCGUCGUCACCGUGCCCGCUUACUUCAACGAUGCUCAACGUCAAGCCACCAAGGACGCCGGUGUUAUUGCUGGUUUGAACGUGAUGAGAAUCAUCAACGAACCAACUGCUGCCGCUAUCGCCUAUGGUCUCGAUAAGAAAGACGGCGAGAAAAAUGUGUUGGUCUUUGAUUUGGGCGGUGGUACUUUUGAUGUGUCUUUGUUGACCAUUGACAACGGAGUCUUUGAAGUUGUUGCCACUAAUGGUGAUACUCAUUUGGGCGGUGAAGAUUUCGAUCAGCGUGUGAUGGACCACUUCAUCAAGUUGUACAAGAAGAAGAAGGGUAAAGAUAUCCGCAAAGACAAUCGCGCUGUGCAGAAACUGCGUCGUGAAGUCGAAAAGGCGAAGAGAGCUUUGUCUGCAUCGCAUCAAGUGAGGAUUGAAAUUGAAUCCUUCUUCGAGGGUGACGACUUCUCCGAAACUCUGACUCGCGCCAAGUUUGAAGAAUUGAACAUGGAUCUCUUCCGUUCCACAUUGAAACCAGUACAGAAAGUAUUGGAGGAUGCUGAUAUGAACAAGAAGGAUGUUGAUGAGAUUGUCCUCGUUGGUGGAUCAACGCGUAUUCCCAAGGUUCAGCAAUUGGUCAAGGACUUCUUCAAUGGUAAGGAACCAUCUCGAGGCAUCAACCCCGACGAAGCUGUUGCUUAUGGUGCCGCUGUACAAGCUGGUGUCCUCUCUGGCGAACAAGAUACUGACGCCAUCGUUUUGUUGGAUGUAAAUCCUUUGACCAUGGGUAUUGAGACCGUUGGCGGUGUCAUGACUAAGUUGAUCCCGAGAAACACUGUCAUCCCAACCAAGAAAUCGCAGAUCUUCUCUACCGCUUCCGACAACCAGCACACUGUUACCAUCCAAGUGUAUGAAGGUGAACGUCCAAUGACAAAGGACAAUCACUUGCUGGGUAAAUUCGACCUUACUGGUAUCCCCCCAGCGCCCAGAGGCGUUCCUCAAAUUGAGGUCACCUUUGAAAUUGACGCCAAUGGUAUUCUGCAAGUAUCCGCCGAGGAUAAGGGCACCGGUAACCGAGAAAAGAUUGUCAUCACGAAUGACCAGAACCGACUCACACCAGAGGACAUUGAGAGAAUGAUUAAGGACGCUGAGAAGUUCGCUGAUGAAGACAAAAAGCUCAAAGAACGUGUCGAGGCUCGCAACGAGCUGGAAUCGUACGCGUAUUCCCUGAAGAAUCAACUCCAAGACAAGGAAAAACUUGGUUCUAAACUGUCUGAUGAAGAAAAGACCAAAAUGGAAGAAGCCAUUGAUGAACAGAUCAAAUGGCUGGAGGAUAACCAAGAUACCGACUCCGAGGAAUACAAGAAGCACAAGAAGGAGCUUGAAGAUGUCGUCCAGCCUAUCAUUGCUAAGUUGUAUCAAGGACAGGGUGGUGCACCGCCGACGCCCGAUGCUGAUGGCGAUGAUGACAUCAAGGAUGAACUGUAAGCCAGCCGCGCCGCGCCCACAAAGACUGAAACAAAUUUAUUUAAUAACUUUUCCCCAAAUAAUGGCAACAACAACCAAGGCACAAAGAUAUGUUUUGUGAGCAAUUAACUCCCUGUCGGUGAUAUAUCUCUUAAUUUAUUAACGUGAGCGCCACCAGACUGACUUAAUUAAGUGCUAGCGAAAUGCGGCUGUCAAACAGUCGGAGGAGUGGUUUUUUUUUCAAUUGGGCGAUUGUUUGUUGUUCAAAUUCAAUGCGACGCAUUUAAUCAUUCAUCAAAGAAUCACCAUCCAUUCAUUUGUAAAAAAAAGUCUUGUGUAUGAUGUGUAAUGUGCGACAAAAAUGAUUGUUAUACACUGAUUGCUACGUAUGUUUUCCUUUCUCUUACAUGUGUUCUGUUGAGAUUGUUAUCUUUAAGUAGGCGAUUUAAUAAAUUAAAUUUUUAUAAAAGAAAA